AUGGCCGACGAGACACUGCAGCUCGACUUCGUCACGCUCGACGUCUUCACCGACGUCCGCUUCCAGGGCAACCCGCUGGCGGUCGUCCUGGUGCCGGCGCGUCUCCGGGCGCGCCUCACGCAGCAGGCCAGGCAGCGGAUCGCGCGCGAGUUCAACCUCUCCGAGACGGUGUUCCUGCAUCACGCGCCCGACGACGACGGCAGCGAGCCCGCCGGCGCGAGAGAGAUCGACAUCAACAUCCACACCGUCGAGUCGGAGCUGCCAUUCGCCGGCCACCCGACCGUCGGCGCGGCCUACCUGGUGCUGCACCACCUCGGCUGGCGCCGCGGCGACGGCGACGGCGACGGCGCGUCGGCCACGCUGCGCACGGGAGCCGGGCCGAUCCGCGUCGCGCCCGAUGCAGCCGGCGGCGCCGCGGGAGCGGGCGCGCUCGUGCGCGCCGCCGUGCCGCACGCGGUGCGCGUCCACGGCAACACGCUCGGCGGCGUGCUCGGGGCGCUGGCGUCCCGGGCUCCCGACGCGGCGGCGGCCGUGGAGCGCGGGCUGUCGCGCGGCCCGGCCGUGCGCGCCGCCGAGCUGGCCGCCCCCAUCGUCAGCAUCGUCCGCGGCAUGGCCUUCCUGCUCGUGCGCCUGCCGAGCCUGGACCACCUCGCGCGCGUCGCGGCGGGGAACCGCAUCGACUUUGGGCUGGUGCCCGAGCUGCUCGACCAGGGGGAGUGGCGGGGCGGGUUUGUGUCGCGCUAUUACUACGUCGUCCUGGAGGAGGAGCAGGAGAGGAAAGGAAAAGAAGAAGAAGGGGGAGGUCCGGCUGUGGCUGAGGGGGUCGGUGGGGAUGCGAGGACGCAAAGAAAGGUUGCGCUGCGCACCAGGAUGGUGGAGUUGGGAUUCGAGGACCCCGCCACGGGCAGCGCGGCGUGCGCGCUGGCGAGUUACCUGACCAUUGCUGCCGGUGGCGGCGGUCAGAGUCGCGGGGGCGACUUGGGCGCGCGGUUUGUGAUCACGCAAGGCGUCGAAAUGGGGAGGCCGAGUGAGAUCACUGUCGACACGGUUGCGCGGGUGGACCAAGAGUCAGGGGAGGUCGGGAUCCAGGAGGUCUAUCUCGCUGGCACGGCCGUCGUGGUGAUGAGCGGGAGGAUAUCUGUUCCCGAAGAGCCUGUGGUGUCCAAGAAGACGGGCACCGUGUUCGAGAAGCGCCUGAUCCUGAAGUACAUCGAGGAGAACGGCAAGGAGCCCGGCACCGACGAAGAACUCGACCCCGAAGACCUCCUGCCCCUCAAGACCAGCCGCGUGGUGCGGCCGCGGCCGCCAAACUUCACGUCGCUCCCGUCGCUGCUCAAGGCCUUCCAGGACGAGUGGGACGCGCUGGUGCUGGAGACGUACAACACGCGGGAGCAGCUGGCGCGGACGAGGGAGGAGCUCGCCACGGCGCUCUACCAGCAUGACGCGGCCGUGCGCGUCAUCGCGCGCCUGACCAAGGAGCGCGACGAGGCCCGCGACGCCCUGUCCAGGCUCACCGUUGCGCCGGCGGCUGCCCGCGCCGCCGCCGCCGCCAACGGCGACGCCAUGGCCGUCGACAACGAGAGCCUGCCCGAGAGCUUGGUGGCGCACGUGCAGGAGCUGCAACAACAAUUAAUGAAGGGCCGCAAGAAGCGCCCCGUCCCCCAGGGCUGGGCCAGUCCGGACGAGGUGGCCGCUCUGCAGCAGGUGGCCUACACGGAUCUGAACGUGGCGCAGGCCUCGUCCCUCGACGUCGAGUCCGACUAUGCGGCGAUUGGUGGCUUGGACGGCAAGGCAGACAUCUACGCGAUCCAGGCAAACAAGGUGGAGAGGACGCUGGACAUCGGCGAGCCGGUCACGGCCACGGUGUGGACCGGGAGCAAGGUCAUCCUGGCGACGUCCAAGGGGUCUGUCAAGGUGUUUGACAGCGGCAGCGAGGCGGCCUCCUUCCAGGUGCAUGCGGGCGCUGUGACGGGCCUGGCCGUACACCCGGGCGGGCGCAUUCUCGCGUCUGUUGGCGUGGAUAAGAGCUUCGUCUUCUACGACCUCGACUCCUUGGAGAAGGUCUCGCGGGGAUACACCGAUGCUGCGCUCACGACCUGCGCAUUCCACCCCGAUGGCAACCUCUUCGGCGCCGGCACGCAGUCAGGGGACAUCAAGAUCUUCAAGACCGACACGGGCGAGCAGGCGGAAAGCUUCCCCCUCGGGACGGCCGUGCAGACGAUUGUCUUCUCCGAGAACGGCUACUGGUUCGCGGCGGCGGGCAAGGGCCAGUCGACCACCAGCAUCUUCGACCUGCGGAAGUCGGGGCCGGCGGCGCAGGUCAAGGAGCUGCAGACGGGCGACGCGCAGGCGCUGGCGUGGGACUACACGGGCCAGUACCUGGCCACGGCGGGGUCGACGGGCGUCACGGUGCAGAUGUACCUCAAGAGCGCCAAGGCUUGGUCCGAGCCGCUCCGGACCAGCACGCCCGCCACGGCGCUCCGGUGGGGUGCCGAGGCCAAGUCGCUCGUCACGGUGAGCAAGGAGGGCGUGGUGUCGGUGCUGGGGCUGCCCAAGGAAUAACGAGGAGUGGGAGAAUCCGGGCGGGGGCGGCGUGUAAUCUGUAUCAUAAGUACCUGCCUAGGGACCUGGGUGCCUUCGAUGUUUCUGUUGUUUUUCUGGCACUAAAAAAUGGUUGUGAUACCUGCAAUGGACAUCUUUGGGACAGGC